AAUAUGGGAGGAAAUGUUUUGGAGGCUAAUAAAUUAGGCGUGAGCAGAAGCUCAGCCGGCCCGUCUCCAAAGACAAAAAAUCCUGCUCCAUUCUUGUCGAAGACGUUUGAUUUGGUUGAACAAGGAGAUGGAGGUCCAGAUGUUGAAGAAGAAUAUGGUAAAAAGAAGAUUGUUUCAUGGAAUGCUGAUGGAACUGGAUUUAUAGUAUGGUCUCCGGCUGAGUUCUCCGAGCUCAUGCUGCCCAGAUUCUUCAAGCACAACAAUUUUUCUAGCUUCAUUCGCCAGCUUAAUACCUAUGGAUUCAAGAAAACGUCACCCAAGCAAUGGGAAUUUAGGCACGAGAAGUUCCAGAAAGGUUGCAGGCAUAUGCUAGUGGAGAUUAGUAGAAAGAAAAGUGAUCCGAGCGUGUUUCCAGCAUACCUCAAGGCUUCUAGUGAAGGGAACAAUAUUAAUGCACAAGUAGCCAUGGAGAAAGACAAUCGUCUGUUACUAGUAGAGGAGAACGAGAAUUUAAGGAAAGAAAAGCUGCAACUGGAGAUGCAAAUUGCUCAAUUUAAAGCACUGGAAAUUAAGUUGUUGGAUUGCCUGGCACAAGAAAACAAGGUUUCAGAGUGGAUGAAUCGCAAAGGUGUAUGUGUUUUCACAGCAAGUGAACUUGCCGUACAGUUGGAUCUGAUUGGCAGGGUCCGUGGGUUUAUAUCUGCUGAAAACUAUUUUAAUAACUUAAAAGACCAGGAUAAAACUGAUAAGACGUAUGGAGCUCUUCUGAAUUGUUACGUGCGGCAACGCCAAAUUGACAAGUCCCUCUCCCAUUUACAGAAAAUGAAGGAGAUGGGAUUUGCAUCAUCUGCUUUGACUUACAAUGACAUCAUGUGCCUCUACACAAAUACUGGGCAAUAUGAGAAGGUCCCUGAUGUGCUAACCGAGAUGAAGGAAAACACAGUCUUUCCUGACAACUUCAGCUACAGAAUCUGCAUAAAUUCCUAUGGUGCUAGAUCUGAUGUUGAGAGAAUGGAAACAAUUUUAAGAGAGAUGGAGAGCCAACCUCACAUUGUCAUGGACUGGAAUACAUAUGCUGUUGCUGCAAAUUUUUACAUUAAAGCCAACCUCAUUGAUAAGGCAUACGAUGUUUUAAGAAAAUCAGAAGAGAGGCUAGAUAAGAAAGAUGGGAUAGGGUAUAAUCAUCUGAUAUCGCUCUAUGCAAGUUUAGGAAAUAAGUCUGAGGUCCUGAGAUUAUGGGACUUAGAGAAAAGUGCUUGUAAGAGGUAUAUGAACAGGGACUACAUCACCAUGCAGGAAUCUUUGGUGAAGCUUGGUGAGCUUGAAAAAGCCGAGAAAGUGCUAAAAGAGUGGGAAUCAUCUGGCAACAGUUAUGAUGUUCGCAUACCAAACACUAUCGUCAUUGGAUACUGUAAAAAUGGAUUAUAUGAGAAAGCAGAAGCUAUGCUUGAACACUUGAUGGAGAAAGGAAAGAUUACCACCCCAAACAGUUGGGCAGUUGUGGCAGCAGGUUAUUUUACUGAAGGUAAGACAGAAAAAGGUUUGGAUUGCAUGAAGGCUGCCCUCUCUCUACAUGUUGAAGGUAAAGGAUGGAAACCGAGCCCAAAGGUGAUUGCAAACAUUUUGAGUAGACUGGGUAAUGAAGGUAGUGUUCAAGAUGUAGAAGCUUUUGUGGCGGCAUUGAGGGCUGUCAUCCCGAUGAACAGACAAAUGUAUCAUGCCUUGAUAAAGGCAAAUAUAAGAAGUGGUAAAGGGAUUGAUAAGCUCUUGGCCUGCAUGAAAGCUGAUAAAAUCGAUGAAGAUGAAGAAACAAAGAACAUACUUAGCAUAGGGGGCGAAUUCCCUGGCACACAGGACCACUUCGUGUUAUGAAGCGAUGAAGGUACCAGUUGGCGGCUUUUCUAGUAUAAUAAGAUCGAUUUUGAGUAGUCAAUACUGGAUACCAGAUACAGGUCCUUGGUUCUAUGGUUGGCAGCAAAAUAUUAUAUUUUCAUAA